AUGGUUCUGGACAACGUUGCCCUGCCCGAGGAUUGCCAGAGUAACCAGGCCGCCUCGACGUCGGCGUUGACGUUUCCACCGCUGCACAUCAGCGUAUCCCAGGAAACUGCUACAAACGGGGACACCAAGAUGUACGACGCGGACAGCUCAAUGCAGUACCAGCCCGCGUACGGUCCCAAGACCGACACCGACACGUACUCAUACACUGCGAUCGUGGGCUCUUACCCCCAGUACAACUCUUACAGCCAGCAGUAUCCGUCCUUCAACCAGAACUACAGCCAGGCCUACACCCCGUCCUACACUCCCAACUACAGUCCCGCUUACAGCGGCACCUACAACUCAUACCCUGGCACGCCUUCAAACGCCACCUUUGUCCCAACGUACAACUACGCUCCGUACACCUCCAACCCGGCGGCGUACUCGUUCGCGUCGCCGACCUACGGGGCCAGCUCCACAUACGUUGCUCCCGACCGCCCGACCGCCGUCGACCACCAAUCGCCUUGGCCGCCCUGCCCUGGGAACCGGGCUCGACUUGACUCCGGCGGGCUGGUGCCAUUGUUUGCUGCCACUGCGGCUACCGGUUCUAGUUGA